GAUCAGAGGCAUCAGGCCGAGUACAGGCAUCAGGCCGAGUACAGGCAUCAGGCCGAGCAUCAGGCCGAGAGUAGAGGCUUCAGGCCGAGUAGAGGCUUCAGGCUGAGGAGAGGCUUCAGGCCGCGUAGAGGCUUCAGGCCGAGUAGAGGCAUCAGGCCGAGUAGAGGCUUCAGGCCGAGUAGAGGCUUCAGGCCGCGUAGAGGCUUCAGGCCGAGUAGAGGC